AUGGUGGAUGGGGCUCGCAGCAACAUCGCUGGACCAGUGAAGCUUGCAUCCAGCUGCCGAGUCCAUACCGACUUUCGAAACUAUGGAAAACGUUUGGAGAACGUGAACGGAACAGCUAUUCUCCUGAUUUUGGGAGGCAUGCUGCCAGUUGGUCUCUUUCUUAACUAUCCUGGGGUAGAUGCUACAGCGAUUAAUGAGGCCAUCAGCACCGCUGUGACUGGAGCUGUGGGAAGCGUCGUCUACUCUCUCUUCUGGGGAAGAUUAACUGGAGCAGCAAUUGUCGGCGGGUCUACACUCAGCGCUCUUCUGGCCAUUCUCAUGUGGUCAACAUUGUACAGCCUUUUACGAAAGUCACUGCUACCCGCAAUCACAUAUGAAGAAGUCUUUUUGAUAUCUGCGACGACUGGAUUUUUGGGCGGAUUCAUCUUGCCUGUCCUUAUUGUGCUCUGCUCAAAACGCAAUGACGCCACGGAAGUACAGCGCAGUUGGCAGAGGCUAUUUGAAAUGGACAACCCUCUGCGACCCUGGGCGGCAGUCUAUGCAAAGUAA